UGUGACCGGUGAAAAUUUUCACUAUUUUCUAAUUCUUGUUGUUUAUAUUUCUAAUAUGUGACAAUUGUGUGUGACAUAAUUGGUUAUGAUAGUGUUAAGUGACUGUUUGUCCAUAGUGAUGUUUCCCUAUGUGACCCCAAUGGAAUACUGUGCCUCCGAUCUCAGAGUUUGUUGACUUUUCCUCCUCGAAUCAUGUCGAGUGUUGUUAAAUCUGAUGUUGGAUUUCAUUUACUUCUAGCUGGAAUUAUGACCCUUACGAGAACCCCGUGUGACCUGGACACAAUGAGCCUGUAUCAGGACAUCAAAUUGAAGAGACGAAAAGUUGAUUCCAGGUGUAGCAGCGAUGGAGAAAGUGUUGCUGAUACAAGUACCUCCUCCCCUGAUAUGACAGGUCCUGGGUCACCCUGCAAGCUGGAAAUCGUCCGCCAUUCUCCCAGUCCCAGCCCAGUACAAAGGACAGCGUCACCGGACUCGGCAACAGUGACACCGAAGACUGAGAUAAUAGAGAGGCCGAGCGACGUGUGCACCACGGUCAUCAGCAGUCCGGGGAGCAGGGAGGCGGCGGCGGGGGCCGUGCAGGGGGCGGGGGUGGUCCAGGGUCACGUGAUCACCGACUCCCCAAACCAUCAUCACCAAAAUCAUCACCAGACGUCAUCAUCAUCCGCAUCACCAAGUCAUCCGUCAUUAUCUCAGUCAUCCGCAUCACCAAGCCCCGUCAAUCUACCGUGCAUCGAAGAGGUGAAGAUCAAAGAGGAGGUGAACCACAGUGUUUUUGAUGGAGGAGGAAGCGCUGGUGAAGUGGCCCAGAGGCAUAGUCCCGUGGUGUCGCCGGUGUCCAGUGUGGUGGUGACGAGUGGGGGCGGCACACCGAUGAUGCUGUCCUCGCCGCCAGCCUUCUGGGCAGCCGCCCCCAUGCAGACGGGCCGCAUCAACGGGGUGCGACCGGAACUGAUCGGGGGUGUGAACUUUGCCGCAACCGAGUGUCCCACAACCACGACGAUGAAGCCACCGCUGCCGUCGCCGCAGCAACGGGCGCCUUCCCGGAACACGCCGACCGUGAUCAUGGGGGAGGCGGGUGGAGUGCGAACCAUGGUGUGGUCGCAUCCGGGUGUGGAGCCGGGCAACACCACCCCCACCACCCCUCACCACGCCUCCACGUCGUCCUGGUCCUCGCAGUCGUCGACCAGCUCGUCGGGCGGAGGCAACCCCGAGGAGUCGGCAGCCCACCUCCUCCUCAACCUCGGCCAGGAGCAGGCUGUCAUGCGUCCCUUCCCCGUCCCCCUCAACAUGGAGCAGCUCUGGGCUGGCGAUUUCUCCCAGCUGCCCCCCUCACAGCAGAUUCAGGCGCUCAACCUGACGUCAUCAUCACCAUCUCCCCCCUGUUGGCCCCCCAUCCUGAGGAACGGGGAGCAGCAGCACCUGAAGAUGGCGGCGCAUGUGCAGAACCUGCACCCUGAGGAGAACGAGGAGGAUGAACAGCCGAUGAUCUGCAUGAUCUGCGAAGACAAAGCCACCGGCCUGCACUACGGCAUCAUCACCUGUGAAGGGUGUAAGGGAUUCUUCAAAAGGACUGUACAAAAUAGAAGGGUGUAUACGUGUGUGGCAGAUGGUGUGUGUGAAAUUAACAAAGCGCAGAGGAAUCGAUGCCAGUACUGUCGAUUUAAAAAGUGCAUCGAACAAGGAAUGGUUUUACAAGCUGUGAGAGAGGACAGGAUGCCUGGGGGAAGAAAUUCAGGAGCUGUCUACAAUUUAUACAAGGUCAAGUACAAAAAGCACAAGAAGACGCAGAGAAAUGGCCAGGUGAAGAAUCAACAGGGACAAAUACAUGAAAAGCAGAAAAUGGCCGGCCUGACCAUUACGUCUGAACACGGAAUUCCACCGCACCUUGUCAAUGGAACCAUUUUGAAAACGGCGUUGACUAAUCCCAGUGAGGUGAUUCAUUUGAGGCAAAGACUGGACACUGCAGUGAGCUCGUCAAGGGAUCGCGCUCUUUCUGAAGAGGGGGCCGUUCACAUGAUCAACAGGCUUAUUGAGUGCGAUGAAUUCCAGGACAUUGCCACAUUAAGGAAUAUGGAUGACUUGCUGGAGCACAAAACAGAUCUAUCGGAUAAACUGAUGCAAAUUGGUGACUCGAUAGUCUACAAACUGGUCCAGUGGACGAAGAGGCUUCCCUUCUAUCUGGAACUUCGUGUUGAAGUACAUACAAGACUGCUGACACAAAAGUGGCAUGAACUGCUGGUGUUAACAACGUCGGCCUACCAGGCGAUUCACGGGCCACACAAAAUGGGAAGCUUCGAUGGUCCCGAAGACUUCAACCGUGAGGUUUCCAACAACCUUUGUACGUUACAAAACUGUUUAACGUCGAUGAUGGGCAGAACCAUCACGAUGGACCAACUGCGGCAAGAUGUGGGAUUGAUGGUUGAGAAGAUCACCUACGUCACACUCAUGUUUCGCCAGAUCAAACUCCGAAUGGAGGAGUACGUCUGCUUGAAAGUUAUCAUCAUGCUCACUCCUACACGAGGUGGUUCAAGCGAGCUGGAGACGAUUCAAGAGAGGUACAUGACCUGCCUCAAGACAUACGUCGAGCAUACCUUUCCGCAGCAGACCAACAGGUUCAACGAGCUGCUACUACGGUUACCUGAGGUUCAGUCAGCAGCGUCGUUAUUGCUGGACAGUAAGAUGUUCUACGUGCCCUUCCUGCUCAACUCGACCAUUCAGAGAUAGUAGCAGGCAAGGCAGCAGGCAACGACAGCAACUAGUUAAUAACGACAGCGAUUAUUGCAAUUAGGCUGCCACUCUGUUGUAAUGAUAGCGCUAGCAGAAGAUAGGUGAGCUGUGAUCAUGGGCCUCGCGCCUCCCGCUCUUCAAGCCACAGUUACCAUCCUGUUUUGGAUUAGAAAAAGAGGCUUAACCACACUCUUAUUAAUUUAAAAACCAAGUUAUAAAUAAUAGUAAGAGUAAUUUUAUUGAUAAUAAACGCACGACUGAUUAAAUAUGACUGCCAGCUGUACGAGGUCUUGCCUUUCACAACAAAUGUUAUUGGUUUUUUACAAUGAGUAUUUGAAAAACUUUCGAGAAAGGCUGAAAGCAAGAUUAUUUCCGUCAAAUUACUAUGACGACAUGAACCAAAGUCCAAUUUUCAUCCAAUAUUCCCACAUUUUACAUCACUACCCAUUCAUCAAAGUCAUCGUGUAGUAAAUAUUCGUCAUUCAUGAACCUCAACAGAAUAUUAUGGAAUAAUAUUGUCAAUAAAUUUCAGUCAAUUCACCUCAUCAAACAAAGUAACUCGCUAAGUCGAUUCCUAAAAUUUGUUACCAUUUUAUUUUGUCGAACAUUAGACCAGUAGUAGGCUCAUUUAUAUAAAUAAUAUACACAUCCAAUUUUACUUGAUAGAAUUGAGUAGUGACGUUUUGAAUUAGUUUUGAUGUUCUAUCAAUAUCAUUUCAUUAACAUAAAUAUGUAAACAAGCUGCCAUUUUUUCAGUUUAUGGAAAGUAUUCUGAUUUGUAGUCCACCGUAAAAGUUACCACAGUAUCAUAAAAUUACUAUCAUCAGUCAUUAUCAUCUUCCUUAUAAUCUAGUGAUGGUUGGGUCUUACCAAGAACAAAACUUCCCAGUGUCAUCUAGAGAUGUCGAUGAUUAUGGUAUUGGUAAUAAGAUAGUACCAUGAUAAUCUAUACUAAUAAUGUUCCUUGAGUCAGAUAUGUAAUGUCAUAAAGUCUCAGAUGAGAAGAGUGUUGUGAAAGUUUGAAUUGAUUUUUGUAUAUAAGACUUGUAAAAUAAUUGUUAUAAAAUUUAGAUAGGUGGGAGUGGUCUUUUGAUUCUUGACCGUCUUUCAAAUUUAUCUUUCUAACAAUUUUCGAUGAUUCAGUCAGUCCAACUGAUCGGGGAUGAACCCCGGCAGACCAUUCGCAUUCCCAGUAAUGGUGAUUAAACCUUGUAUUUUGCAUACGCUUCAUAUCAUUUACGCGAUUAAAUCACUAUACGGAAAGAAGUUACCAGAUAACAUUCAGGUUUCAUUGAUAGACACUUAUUGUUGUACAACUUUCAGAAAUUUAAUUUUCAUUUCUGUAGAAUGGAAUUCAGUCACAUUGGUUAGUUUGUUACUAGAUUUUGUAAAAGAAGAGCACAUAUUGCGAGCCAAUAAGAACUGCUAGAAUUUAUAUGCAAUGAAAAGUUUUACUUUCUAUUAAAAUCACGAGUAGUAUCGUAUCCAUUAUUGGAGACUUCAAAUAGUAUUUUCUACAUAAAAUAAUAUGUAACUAGAUACAAUUCACUAAAAAAGUGAACAUUUCAAUAACUUGAAAUUCAGUUAAAAAAGUAUUUACCAAACAAGAAGUGUUACUUGUUACACUUGUAAAUCCACUAAGAAAUUCAUAGAGUAGGUACGGUACUGGAAGAGGAAAUUUGUUAACUAGCCAAGAGAUAUGACAGAGUCAAUAAUUUUGAAAGUGAUAAAUUCUAUCAACUACAAUAGCUGAUUUAACUAUUUCUAUUUUUAAAUUUCUAUUAAUAAAUGCAUUAUCUAAUCAUGUCAUGUAUAUUGUAAUAGUUGUUGAAGUUUUUUCAGAAGAAUUAAUAUAAAAAAGGAGCCUUAAAUUAUGUUGUAAAUUCCAAAUACCGCCAUAUUUCUAAACUCAUAAUAUAUUUGAUUUGGUUGUGAAAAAAAUUUCAAAAAAAUAUUGUUUAAAAGAAAAAAGUAUAAUAAAAUUGAUAUUUAAAUGUUUUAGGCAACUUUGAACAAGCUAAAUCACACUAUGAAAAAUGGUGGAUCAUUUCAAUUAUUUAAGAUUCUUGAGUCUGAGAAAACUUUGACAACUUUACAAAAUGUAUGUAUUGGAUAAUUUAAAAGGAAUCAGUUGAUUCUUCAAAGGAUUUUUACUGUAUAAACUUCAACACAAAUUCGGAUUUGAAAGCUAAGGACCAAGCAAUCAAAGUGGUCAUGCACACUUAGUAAGAUUUUGUAUAAAUUGAUAAGUUUGCUAAAAUACUAAGAAUUCUGUAAUAUUUUAAAAUUUCAGUGAACAAAACGCAGCGUUUAUUGGUGUAGUUCGAUCACUUGAGAAUUGAGAUUUAACUCUUGGUUUAUUAAAAAUGUUUUAGUGGCGUUUUGUAAAUGUAUGGUCUGAUAUAAAGAGCACUGAUCUCAGAAAAUAUAGCUAGUGUUUAUGAGUUGAUAAAGGAAGUGCCUCACUGCCGGUAGCCAUUUAAAAAAAAGAAUGCAUUUUAUAAUUUUUUCUCAACAAUGAAUAUUGGCUACACAAUACACGUUACGACUUGAGCAAAAUGACUGAUUCAUAGUACGCAAAGCAUCAUUUUCACUUGUAAUUCUGAAUAAUGUACCACAUUGUAGGCUAUAAUAUAUGAGUCCAACGGCUCAAUUUAUUACAAUUUUCAGAAUAAACUCAUAAUACGUGUAUUAUACAUUUUUUAUAAAACAACCAUCAUAACUAUCACUGCCAAGCUGUUGGAAAAAUCUAAUCUAGUACGCUAUUGAAACAGUUUUAUAUGUGAUUUAUAUAUUUCACUCCAUUAUGUAGAUAUUAUCAAUAGAUUUCAUAUUUCAUGUAAUGUUUUUAUACUUAUGCUAAUUUGUUUUAUAUAUACUUUGUUUCGGGACUAUUUAUUAUUGUCAUGAAAUGAAAGAUCGAUUCCAAAGUUGUCUAUUGAAAAAGAACUCAAAAAGUGUAAAUAUUGUUUGAUUAUAGAAAAAGUUAUAAACUAUCUUCUUAAUGAGUUAUUCUUGUUGAUUUUGUUUGAUGAUAAUUAUUAGCAUAAAAUGCUUUUCCAAGAGUUGUCCCAAUUUAUAAGAAUGUUGAAAAAUAAUUAAUGUGUUUUGGAACCGGGAAUACAUUUGAAUUUCAAUUAAAAUUGAAAAAUGUGUAUCUGCUAAAAUUAAUCCGGUUGAGUUAUAAAUUGAAGUAUAUUCUAAAAACGUAAAUAUUGUUUUUGCAAAUUAAUGUUUGUGGAAUCUGUUUCAAAUUAUUAUGUUGUGAAUUAAAUUAUACCAAAAAUUCAAAAAGUAUAGGAAAUUAUUGGUGCUAAUAAAAACGUCUUUGGACAGUAAAAAAAUGCUAUUGGAAAUUCGUUUGAUAUGAUUUAUUAUUAUGCUUGUAAAUAAUUGGGUUUAUGCUUGAAGCAAGCAUGAACAAAAACUUCAACUAAGUCUGAUGUGACUCUAAACAUAGAGUAUAGAACUGCAACUCUGUGUCUUAUAUAUGUAAAUGAGAUAAAUGUAAAAAGUAAAUGAAAAAGAAAGAGAUAGUUUAAAAUAGAAGAAACACAGUAAUUAUUAACUUUAUUAUUGAACUGCACCAGUCCCCAGAGUUGGGGAUUGCAGUGUCUAGAAACGUUGCCUUGUGUUGUUCACUUUAAUAUUUACAUAAAAAUAGUGUAAUCUUAUUGAUUGAGAAUGAUGAUGAAAAUUAUUAUCAUUGUAACUGAAAUUGUUGUUGUCUUUAAUGUAAAUAUAUAAAUGUCAUAGUAAAUUUUGUGUAGUGAUUGAAUUAAAUCUUCAUUUUAUCAGA